AUGGCCUCUGUCAACAGCUUUCCUACCAUCAAGGCCGUCAAGACCUUCGUCAUUCAGGGCGUUGGCUCUGGCGGUGACUACCACAAUGUCAAGGGUGGCCAUUGGCUGAUCGACUCCAAGAUUGCUACUCCCAUGUCGGGCUACGACAAGUACCGCAAGUCGCGAACUGACUUUGGCAUCAACGUCCUUGGUUCUUUCUGUGUCGAGAUCGAGUCUACCGAUGGUAAGAAGGGCUUCGCUACUGGCUUUGGCGGACCGCCAGCAUGCUGGCUAGUUGCUGAGCACUUUAACAGAUUCCUGAUCGGCGCUGAUCCUCGCGAUACCAACCUCCUCUUCGACCAAAUGUACCGAGCUUCCAUGUUCUACGGACGAAAGGGUCUACCGCUGGCAGUCAUCUCAGUAAUCGAUUUGGCGGUAUGGGAUCUGCUAGGCAAGAUCAGGAACGAGCCUGUAUACAAGAUGAUUGGUGGCACAACAAGAGACAAACUCAACUUCUACUGUACCGGUCCCGCGCCGUCUGCCGCUAAGAAGAUGGGCUUCUUCGGUGCCAAGGUCGCCCUCCCAUACAGCGCUGCCGAGGGCUUUGAGGGUUUGAGGAAGAACAUCGAGUAUCUGACAAAAAUGCGCGAAAGUGUCGGUCCCGACUUCCCACUUAUGGUCGACUGCUGGAUGAGUCUGACCGUGCCCUACACCAUCGAGAUCGCCGAGAAGUGCAAGCACCUGAACAUCAAUUGGUGGGAAGAGACUCUUUCUCCCGAUGACUUUGACGGUCACGCCCUCCUGAAGCGUGCUCACCCUACCAUCAAGUUCACUACUGGCGAGCACGAAUACACAAGAUACGGUUUCCGCAAGCUGAUCGAGGGUCGCCAUAUCGACAUCCUUCAGCCUGAUGUUAUGUGGCUCGGUGGAUUGACUGAAUUGCUCAAGGUCUCUGCUCAGGCUGCUGCAUAUGACAUCCCUGUUGUUCCCCAUGCAAGCGGCCCCUACAGUUACCACUUCGUCGUCUCUCAAACGAAUUCGCCAUUCCAAGAAUAUCUCGCCAACUCGCCUGAUGGUCAAUCGGUUCUUCCUGUGUUCGGAAACCUGUUCCUCAACGAGCCUAUUCCCGACAAGGGUUAUCUCGACGUGUCUGUAUUGGACAAGCCUGGGUUUGGUCUCGAGAUCAACCCUUCUGCUCCUCUGAUUGAUGCGGCUGGUAUCCUCAACCCUGCUCCAUCAAGAUCAUUGGCAGACCCUACUAUCCCAGAUGGCAUUCAGAACGAGAAGUCGUCCUAA